UCUGUACCCCAGGCGGCGCCCGCGGCUCCGGAAACGUGCGCUGCCGGGCUCCUGGGUUCGGCCCCGCGCGGUCUGCUCCGUGGCGCUUCCUGCCACGCCGGGCCUGGCUGGGCCGCGUUAGCGCAGCUCCGCCGAGCAUCGCGCGUGGGCCGCCCGCAGGCCUGGGUGGGACCUUCCCUGACGGACAGAUUGCUCCAGACUUGCUCUGAAGCACAAUGAGUCAUCCCUCUGUGUCUCUUUUGGCGCCACCUGCUCCCCAAGGUCUUGCCCUCCCCCAGGAUGGAGCCCCAGGAAACCAGGUCCUGGCAGUCCCUCUUGAGAUGCCGGAGGCCCAGGGUUUGGUGACAGUUGAUGAAGUGGCGUGGUACCUCACAAAAAGGGAGUUGUUGAGGCUUGACCCUGAGCAGAGGACACUGGCAUAUUACAGGAACGUGGCCUCCGUGGGAGGUCCUGUUUUGAAUCCUGCCUUGGUUCCUCAGCUGGCGCAAGGGCAAGUGCUGUUGGCGUCAGACCCAUCUCUCAACACAGAUCGUGCUACGCACUCUGGCCGCAGCUUCGAGACCUGGCACUGCACGAUGGGUGAGGAAGCCCAGCCCCAGCCCCAGGAAACGGCGUCCACCAGCUCCCCAAGGGCCAGUGACCCCAGCGCUGAGGUCAAAGCCAACGGGGACUCGGAGGGGAGGGGCGGGAGCCCUCAGGAUGUGCCCAUAGAACAUCAUUUUGCCUGUAAGGAGUGCGGAGACACGUUUCGGCUCAAAGUGCUGCUCGUUCAGCAUCAGCGAGUUCACAGCGAGGCGAAGGGCUGGGAGUGUGGCGAUUGCGGGCAGGUCUUCCGGGGGGUGUCCGAGUUUAAUGAGCACAGGAAGAGCCACGUGGCCGCAGAGCCCCGGCCCGGCCCUAGCUGGGCCCUGGAGGAUGCGGUGGCCAAGAGGGAGCAGCUGGAGAGGGAGGCCAAGCCGUUCGAGUGCGAAGAGUGCGGGAAACGGUUUAAGAAGAAUGCGGGCCUGAGCCAGCACCUGCGGGUGCACAGCCGCGAGAAGCCACUCGACUGCGAGGAGUGCGGGCGCUCCUUCAAGGCCGAUGCGCACCUCUUCCGCCAUCAGAAACUCCACACCGCCGACAAGCCGUUUGCCUGCCGGGCGUGCAGCCGCGAUUUCCUGGACCGCCAGGAGCUCCUCAAGCACCAGCGGGCGCACACGGGCCACCUGCCCUUCGACUGCGACGACUGCGGCAAGUCCUUCCGCGGCGUCAGCGGCCUGGCCGAGCACCAGCGCAUCCACAGCGGCGCCAAGCCCUACGGCUGCCCGCACUGCGGCAAGCUCUUCCGCCGCAGCUCCGAGCUCACCAAGCACCGGCGCAUCCACACGGGUGAGAAGCCCUACGCGUGCAGCCAGUGCGGCAAGGCCUUUCGCCAGAGCUCCAGCCUGCUGGAGCACGCGCGCAUCCACAGCGGCGAGCGGCCAUACGCAUGCGGCGAGUGCGGCAAGGCCUUCCGCGGGCCCUCCGACCUCAUCAAGCACCGGCGCAUCCACAGCGGACUGAAGCCCUACGAGUGCGACAAGUGCGGCAAGGCCUUCCGCAGGAGCUCCGGCCUCAGCCGCCACCGGCGCAUCCACAGCGGUGCGCGGCGCUGCGAGUGCAGCGAGUGCGGCCGUGUGUUCAAGAGGCGCUCGGCGCUGCAGAAGCACCAGCCGAGCCACCGUGAGUAGGCAGCCAGGGGGCCCCCGGGGCGCCGGGGCCUGGUCAAAGGAGAUGAAGGUUCAUUGCGCUUCUGUAUUUUGGCGUCUAAAAGGGUGAAACCAAUCUAUUACUGCCACCAGCAAUUUCUACGUAUACACGUUGCCCAUUGUGCCCAUCGAGAAUAGCUUUUCCCAUUGUGAGUUCCAGUGGCGAGGUUCGCUGACAGCAAGCACCAGCAAAGUGUGCAAACCGAGACUUGAGAGAGCAGACACCUGCACACGCACGCUGUAGAUAGGGGACAAACCCAGCUAUGCCGCCGAGGUUUCGGGCCUACUUGAAUUUUUAAAUUUGUAGGGAUGUAAAUAACAAUGCUCAAAUGUAUUCUAAUACUUAAUUUAUUAAUUUAGCUCUACGCACAUGCACAUUGUAAAUCGCAUAUUAUAUAGAAUAAUAUAUUAAUUGAGAAAAGACUCCCUUUUGGCCCCCGCUCCGUUUCUAUCUCGUCCCGUGUAUUUGGACCUCACCGUCUUUGCCCACAUGGGAACGGGAAGUUUCCACACGGAUCCAUACAACUGCAGCUGAGCUCGUGUGAUAGCACUGGGACCACCACUGCAGGGAACUCGCCUGAGAGGUCUCCUGCCAAGCCAUUUGAACAAAUUCACAGGACCUUCGGGUGAUCCUUUCGUCUCAUUCCAUCUGUCCUGUAAUUGUACCACAGAGCCACUUAAGGUGGUGCUUCUCCAAAUGACCUAAAAAAAGCCUCUGGUUUGUUUUCUAAGCAUCUGAAACUGGGAAUUGUGAGGCCACACUCCUAGUACAAAUUACUGAAUGGACGUCUUUUGCAUCCUUGUCUGAACCAAUUCAAUUCGGAGACUCCUAUACUUAUCCAGUGUGAUCAGCAACGGCGGUUGUUCCAGGCUCGCGGGUCUUGUCCUCAAGCAGCUUAUUUUGUUCAAAACGAAGUAGAGAGAGUACUCCCCUGAUCAGAGGGACAUCUCAAGGACUCAAGUGCAAGGUGACAUGGACCUUGGGGGAAGAGAACCUCGCCUCAUGCAAGGCCCAGAUGGUACUUCUCCAGCCCCUCCGUCUCCAGCUCCAUCAAAUGGGGGUGAUCACCGUGCCUACCUCCUAAGGGUAUCAUGAGGACUGCCAUCGUGCCUGCAGGCGUGGGGCACACACUCGGCGAAGGUCAUGUGCAGUCAUCGCCAGAGUUAGCUGCCGUCAUCCCGUGGCUCAUCAGUACCAGAACCGGGGACAGACCCUAACCUCCUGACUACUAGUUUGCAUCUUUUCUUCUCAUGUGAUGACGUCAACACUAUGUCCAUUUUCUUGCAUGCCAAUCGUGCGUUCAUCUCCUUUGACUAGUUAUCAAGUUAUCUUUGGAUAUAUUGACUUUAUAUAGCAGUUCUUUCUAUAUCACUUCUGAUGCUCUCUUUUCUAGUUUUAUUACUUUUGCUCUUUGAAGCAAUUUUAUUACAUUUUUGUUGUGCAAGAUUUUGAUUUUUACAUAUCCAAGCAUUCAUUUUUUUCCCAUUAACUUGUAACUUUCGUUGCUUCAGUGAUAAGGUAACAUUUUCUUGUAGAAUUUUAAUUACAACUGAAAAACCUGAAACCCCUGCCCACCCAAAGGGCGGGCUGCACGGGAAUGGGCCGGAGAAGCAGGCUCAUUCCCGUCCACGGUGCAAACUCCAUGGGCAUCUGUGUGCAGCACUUGACUAUGUAGCCUGGCCACUGAGGCACACGAGCGAUACGUCCACCUGGACGGGCCAGAAGCCUCUGGGACUGCUCACGUGCACAGCCCCAGCAGCACAGCUUGACCUCCCUCGAUGGAUGGGAGGUCCAGACUUCAUCUGGCAGUAGCCUGGCCAUCCUUCAGCCUCCUGGGAACCUUGGCAGUGCCUGGCGUGGAUCCAGUGACUAAGAAACAGAUCCGCCCAAGAGAUAGCUCCUCGGACACAGGAAGACUCACCUGGCUGGCAUCACAGGGACCGUGUCCUCCCAGCGAGUGAUUCUGCUGGCUUCUGUUUGGGGCAGCUAGGGCGAGAUUUCACCCUGACGUCACUUCGUGCAGCUGCCCCUGCGAGGGGCAACAGAGCAGAAGCUUGGUGAGGCUGCAGGCCCCUCUGACAGCCAGCGUCUCGUGCUGGUAGAAGCUGGCCACUUCAGCCAUGCCCAGGAGGUUUGGAGGGCAACACGGCUCCUCUGAUAGCCUAUGCAGAGUGGAUAUAGAAGCUAGCACCCUGUGGCUGGGCUCUCACUUCCGGCAGAGGCCACAGAAAGAAGCUGGCCACGGCACCUGUGCCCAGGGGGUGGGCACUCAAGAGCCUGGAGAGGAAGUGUACAGCCCCAGCAGCAGAGCAGAGCUCUGCUCAGCAGGCAGAGCUUAAAAGGGCUUCCCAGGCCCCCAUCCUGGGAAGAAAGGUCCGGGAGUGACCCCUGUGACCUUGAGCAGAAGGUCCUCUGGAAUGGCCCCAGGCCAGCAGAGUGGCCCUUUGGGACGACUCCAUCCUGACCCCCAGGCUGGAGAGAAGCCAACAGCACCUGUUACAUAGCCAUUCCUCUUGCUCUGUGGGCCUUAGUUCUUGCAGCAGUUAUGAAUCUGUGUCUGCAAUCACCACUUUCUUCUCGAAGCACUUUUCUCUUUCCCAGGUGUUACCAGAGGUCUGGUACAGCUGUCAUUGGGUAAGGAAGGUUGCCUUCUGCCAGGGACAAGCCUGGCACCUUGACCUAGAGGUACUCCACCAUUUCCCGCCCAUUCACUCACCGUUGUUGGCUUUGAUGAAGGAUGCUGCCAAAGUCUAGACUAACAUCAACCAGGAGUGCAGCAGUCAUCACUGCUCCCAGCCAGGACGUGGCACCUUGGCAUUCCUUCCGGCCCACCUUGCCUUGUUUCCUGUUUUUCAUUCCAUAACUUUUUCUCAAACCAAUCCUCUCGCAGAGUUAACACUAGAGAUCACGUCCCUUCGGACAGCUUUGCCUGGUCUUUGCGGUGAAAUCCGUGCUCUCUGCAAAUGCAGUCAGUCUGUGACUCUACUAUGUGUCCUGUUCCUUCACUGAGUUGCAUUUUUCCCCUCUAGUAACGUGGGGGUGAUUUCCUUGGAUUCUCUAGCCAUGCUGCCAUGUCAGAUGCAAAAUGUGACCAAGCUUUCUGUUGCGUGUGCUUGUCUAUGCAUUUGUGUAUCUACCUCAUUUCAUUUUUCUUUCUAAUCACACAUAUUCCUGUCGCAAGGGAAAUAGUGGGCAGUUGGGUUAAUCGAAUGCUGGCCCUAGUUAGAAAUGUGUCCUUUUCUUACUGGAUUGCAAAGGAAAGCUUCCAAGACCUUUGUCAGAGUUUUGAAUAUUUGAUGACAUUUUCAAAAGGAAGUAGUUGUUUCCCAUGUUUGCUGCUUAUUACGAUUAACUGAUUAGUUGUGUCAUCCCCACUCUUGCGUUUCUGGAAUAAUCCCACCCGAUCAUUGUGGGCAUAUUUUCUUGUGUGGUAGUGCAUUCUGUGUGUUUGAUUUUGUGCUAGAAGUGGCAAGGCACCUGCCCUGCCCACAGCCCUGGGCUACUGUCCUGUUGUGUACCAUGUGACUCACCAGCCCCCCUUCUAGGCCACAUUCAUUAAGCCCGAACCAAACAACAGGUCAAAGGGCAGCGGCCAGUUGCCAGAGCUGGUUGGAGAUGAUGGAUCAGGCCUUUCAGGUCUGUGAAAUGCAAACAAGGAAACAGAAGUUUCUCAUUGGUGUUGAGGAUAGAGGGCGCCACAUGGUGUUUUGAGAAGUUGCCCCCUUGUCAUGUUCUGGGAUUUGGGGCUACUUGCCCUCACAAGUCCACACGUCUCCUCUGCACACUUCCUUGGCCUGAGCCAGCCCAAGUUGGUCACUGCCUUUUGACCACUUGGCUGCUUUCUGAGAGGAAUCAUGUUGCUGGCUUCCUUCACAUUCUACCCAGCUGGCAUUCCUGGCCCAAGUCCUUCCUGACUGUUGUGAGCACCUGUUUAAACGCGGUACUGUCUUUUCUUCCUAAGAUGGGUGAAAAUCUAUGCCUCCUAAUCUCAGCGAGUUUAAUCAAGGAAUUUCUGUCUGGGUGUUUUUCCUUUACUGAACCAUGUUUAACCCACAGAACAAAGCGAGUUGAAUCCCAGCCCACCCUGCUGUCUAUUUCAGAAGUGUUUCACGGUUUCCAGUCAAUCCUUCAGGUUACAGAGUUGGUAAUGUCUCUAUUUCUAGUCUCCUUACCUUGUGUAGCUCUCAUCGCAGCAGUUUGAGUGUUUACUUUUGAAAUCACAAUGGUCUCCUUAUAAACUUGGUCUGCAGUGUCACCUGCGUUAUCUCUGAGACAGUAGCUGUGUCCAGCCCGUUUGUAUUUCAUUUGUUGUAUCUCUUUUCUUACUCCUCCCUCAUCUCCUUCCCUCGUCUCUUCUGUGGCACUCACUGUAAUCCAGCCUUGCACUAGAGCUGUGUGUGGACUUGGCUUUUCCUCCCCCCGCCCUUUCCCCAGCCCUCCCCACCCACUGGAUUGUGAGCUCUUAGAAGACAGGGGUGGCCCUUCAUGUCUGAUCCCUACCAAAUCUAGCACAGUGCCUUGCAUCAAGUAGAUUUCAAUAAAUAUAUGUUAAAUGGCA